AUGGGAAAGCAAACGGAACGAGGGAACGUGGGUUGGCUAUCGCGUCGCCAGUCCGUUGCGUCCGCGGUCGUCGUCGGAUGCCUCACGCAAUCGACCUGCGGCUGGUCUGGGUCGACCCCUAGUGUGGCCUCGGCCUUUGCAGACUUUCAUGCGACCAGGAGGAGAAUGUCUCUACCUUAUAAACACAACGCUGCUGCUACAGCGCUACGAAUGGUCCACAAUGCUACUGUUUCUUCCAGUAGUCCUGCAAAUCCCCUGAUCUACCCCUCGUUGGAGUCAGCGUCGCCCCCGGCGCCACGGACCGGUCGUAGGCUCCCAAACGACCCCCGCGGUACAAGAAAACCACGGAAUAAGGAUUCGAGAAAUCCUGUAUCAGCCCAGACACACCGGAAUACCAAAGGGAAGUCUACUACUGUCCAGGCACUCACCGAACAUAUUGCCAAACCAUCCGAUGUGUCGUCGAGACCGAACACGUUUCCAAAGGAUCCAACCAACGUAUCGGCUGUGACUGCAAGAUCCACGAGUACGAACCCAACCCGCAAGAAGCCCUCUGUACACCUACCCUGGAAGGCAGGCUACCACACAUCGCUCAAAACACAGCGACGCCUGCAACAAGCCGUGCAGGAUGCUUCCCAUCGUCCAGGUCUGACACGAGCUACCGUAGCGUUGCGCACCUUACUACAAAGUGCACCGGAACGGUGUAAUGCGGCCAAUGUCGUCUGUGCCCUCACGCUCAGCGCCAAGGCUAUGACGGAGCAAACGAACGAUACCUUCCGGACUCUGUUCUACGACGUCACGGCCGUUCUGUCCCAGUUACUGAAGGAUGACGCGCUCUCGACGCGCCAAUUAUGCAACGUGGCUUGGGCGAUUGCCAAACACUGCGAUCGGGAUGCGACACUCUUGCCCAAUUUUGCUCAUCCAUCCGCACUCUCGUCCGAUACCGUCGUGGGACGAGCGGAAACGUGGGACUUGGCCAAAGCAUCCUUGGAGGAUCCCGAUUCGCAAUUGGAUCAACUCGUCGAUGAUCUCGCACUGAUGUUGGCUAAAAAAUUGUCGCUGUCUGUCUCCGUGGCUGCGAACGUUGCCACGCCGGACGAGUUCUCCACCGCCGCGUCAACUUCCGGGUCGAGUGCUUUACUAGCCAAGCCGGGAGAACUCAGCAUGGCCAGUUGGGCCUACGGUGUGUUGCGUCAACGCAAACGUCCACCGGGUUGGAAAGUAGGACCGCAAAUGGGCCGUGUACAGUCGUCUCGCAAAUCGCUAGCCGAACCGUCAGACGGCUUCAAUUUUGUUAAAUUUGAACAGUGGAACUCCAAAAUGCUGGUCGACGAAUGCGUGGAUCUGGACCCUCCGAGUGCAACGGAUAUACUUUUUGAUGCGAUUUCCGUAGCGCUGUGCGCAAAGGACGGAGCGGCAAUACAAGAUUGUAAAUGGAGUGAAUUGGCCAACGUUGCCUGGGCGUUUGCCAGUCACGGACGCUCCUGCUCCGGCCCUUCCGCAGAUUUAUUAAUGUUGAUUGCCAACGAAAGCUCAUGGAGGCUCAACUCGAACGACAAAAGCGCGCGAGCGCUCAGUCGAGAUUUGGCUCAAAUUAUUUGGUCCCUGGGCAUUUUGCAAGCGGAUAACUUCCGCCUCGCCGAUGGGUUGACCAAUGUCGUCGCCGCAGUUCAAUCGUCUCAGAAAUUGAACCAUGACGACGACUACAGUCCAAAUAGUGAUGGACCGAUGAGGGAUUGGAGCUGUACUGACAUUGUCCAAGUUGCUCUAUCGUUGGCGCACGCUCGGUUGGAGGAACUUCCGCUACUUCGUGCAGCGUAUGCCGAAGCCUUGCACCGACUAGAGAGUACCACAUCAAUCCGAAGCCGUACGAUUCGAGCGCAUUUUCAAUCGUGGGAAUUGGGUAUUCUACUUUGGGCACAGGCGCGUCUUCAUCUGAAGGCUUCCGAAGGACAAGUUUUUGAGUGCUUCGCAAGUGCCGCUGUAGACGAACUGGUGGCGGCAAUGGAUGAUGCUGGAUCACUGGCAAAUAUCGGUAUUGGAUCACAAGAACAGGCUAAUAUUGCCUGGGCUUUGACCGUGCUCCAGGAGGAUCAAAGUCCUAACGCCAUUCGAUUGUUGUCUACCAUUUUUGCGGACGCUGCCGCCGCCUGCGAGAAAGAUGGAAUCAUUCAACUAGAACACGCACAUCAAUUGUGGCAAGCAUAUUUCCUCUUGCAAGAAUCUUCGCCGCCAGUGGUUGCGAACGUUUCACACUGGUUCCGAGACUACUUGAGAGAUAAAUGGAGCCUAGAAAAGUCUCGCACCAAGCUGAGCAGUGCUCGGCAUCGUUCGCUGAGUCAAGCCCUAGAUUUGAUGGGGAUUGCACACAAAAACGAGCACGACGAAGAUAUUGACGUGGCAAUCGUGUUGAAGAAGAGCGCGGUUUGGACGCACCAAACCAAACGAGAUGGAACGGAAGGGGUGAAGCUUGCCGUAGAGUUUGACGGUCCCAAUCAUUUUACGAGACAGCGCAAGCCCAGCAACGGGUCCAAACCCGACGUACCGCGAGCCCUUGGUCACACUGUGUUAAAAUAUCGUCUUUUGAAAAAACAGGGAUGGACGGUAGUACGCGUUCCGUACUAUGAAUUCGAUAAAAUUCCCUAUUGGGCGAGCAUGGAAAGACAACGAUACUUACAGCGUCUGCUGAAAACGCACGCAAAUUUACGCUUUAGUCAAGUUGAUGUUAGCGAAUACAAAGCUCCAGUUCCCAAUCGAGAGACUCGAUUUGACUGA